AUGCCCCACUCGACAAGAGGACCGUAUACCACUGUAAGGAUAUCGACCAAGACAGGACCAUUGGCACAAAUAUGGCUUGCUGCUAAUAUGUCAAAUUUGCCUAGAAACUCUAUCCUCCAAACAAGCAUCGUUGAAUCAGCUGAUGAAAUUGCUAAAGUGUCCGGCUGUGAAACGGAUAAUGGGAACUCCGGUGAAUUGGAACAUAUUACUUUGCAUACAUCAGGAGACCUUUUACAAGGAAUUGUUCGCGUUUAUUCGAAGCAAACAGUGUUUCUGUUGAAUGACAUUAAAGAUACUCUAACGAAAAUUUCAUCGCUCUUUAAAGCUAACCAAAGAAUUAAUGUUACUUUGAGUAAGACAAAUACAAUUGCCCGUGUCGACCAAUUGGUUUUAGAAGAUGCAGUUACUGAGAGAGAAGUCCUAGUACCGCCUGAUUUAAAUUUUCUAUUUGAACCAGUUUCGAAAGAAAGGAACCGAUUGAUGGGAACCGAAAAUUCAAUGGAAAGAAAAGUUCAAGGCGCAGCACCAUGGGAUACGUCACUAGAAGUUGGUAGAAGAUUCAAUCCAGAUGAAGAGCUUGAAUAUCAUCAGUCUUCUGCUUUGGAUCUGAAUUUCGAUUUAGAUAUCGGUAACACAAUAACAUCGUCAAAAACAUGGGAAGAAGGUACAAGACAGACCUCGCUUCAAAAUUCAAGAAACGAUAGCUCGAAUCGUGAAUUCAAUGAGCCCGAGAACUUUAUUGCACAAGAUGAUUUCCCAUUAGAGGAUCCAAAUAGUGGCGAAUGGGAUUUAGGCGUCUCUGAAAAAAAUGAAGCUAGGAAAGAGCAGGAUAAUGAAUCGGUGUCUGAUAUAUCUGUUGAAAUAGGUAGACGGGUCGCUGGCAAUUCAAAUAAUGCAACAGUGGAUUUUGGCUUUGAGUUAGACAUAGAUAAAGAGCCGCUGGAUCAACAGUCGGAUAGCGAAAGUAACGACAUUGAACAAAACGCUUCGACUACAGGUCCAGGGAUGGCUUACCUUGCGAAGAGGUCAAAAGUAGCUAAAAAUAGCACAUUGAUUGAUGUAACAAAAAUAGAGAUGGACAAUGAAACAGAGCUGAAUGAUGAAGAGUUUAAACGAUUUACGAUGACUGCACAGGAUUCUGGUACAAAUUCCACUUCUAGCAAAAACCCCAGAGUAACAAAGAAAAGGCUUCUGGAAGAUUUCAAGAAUUGUUCAGAUGGUUUUCCUACGAUCGCCCUCUGUAAUUUCCUAUCCCAUCAACCAGUUAAAAGGAUCAAAACUCUGCAGGAUGAGUUAAUAGAAGAUCCUGUGCUAGAUAUAUCACUAGGAAUAAAUGAUGACCUAUUACAAAGCUCCAUAGCGAAUAGUAGUCAAAUUGGUGACGAUUCCGAAGACAGCGACCAUUUUAUUCCAAUCGAUGCAGAUAUCGGUCAACCGCCAAUAGACGAAGGCAGCGACAGCUACGUAAAGGCAGUUGAAGACACAGAAGAAGGACAUCAUUCAACUCAAUAUCAAACUACCCAGACACAAAAAAUACGAUUGAACACUGGAGAACUAGCCUCCAAAUCAACAGUAUACAUGGCUGAACUGUUGAGAACGGAAUUUAUAGAUAACAACUCAAUAACCUUCCACAAUGUUUUAGUGGCAAAACAUGAAGCACAGGAAGUAAGUGGUGACUUCGUAGCAGGUAUUUCAAGAAGAGAAGCCAGCAAGGGGUUUUUUGAGAUGUUAUCUCUUGCAACAGCGGGUUGUAUUGAUCUUGAUCAACAGAUGGCCUUUGAGGAUAUCACCAUAAAAACAAGAGCCCCUCUUUAUGAAAAAUUCAUUUCGGCUUAA